ACUACAAUUCCCACAGAUGAUUUGGAUGAAGCAAUACAAAGUGGAUACAAAUUAAUGUGUCAUUUAACAUGUGUAGUGAUGCAUAUCAUCUGUUCUGAACUUUUAAAAAUGCAAGCUUUUUGUUUCCGUAUUAUCAAGUAUAUCUAAUUCAAAUAAUGUUAUUCAUUCACAGUUAAUUGUUUGUGUUUCUACCAUGCCCAGUAGAUUCCAAAAUAAGAAAAUAUAAAGUCAAGCUAGUCUGUUACACAGUAUAAUUAUUGCAAAAAUAAAACUGCGUAAUAACACACCUUAUUUCAGCUGUUUGCUUUCUUUUGUUUUGUAGACACAUUUAGCUUAUUGCUUUGAGGUGAGUUGGCUGCACUGGAUACAUGGUUACACCAGCUGUGAAGUGUGAGUUGGGUUGUGCACCGGUGCGAGUUUGUAUUAAAUAGCAGAUAUUUUUGAAAUGAAUGUGUGUUAUGUCAAGCUUAUUGUAUUCUGUGAAAUGAUUAUUGAAUAAAAUCUCUCUGUGAAGGAGAUGUACUAGUCUCGAGCUUCUUAACAGCAGAGGUACACGCAUCGUUAAAUAUCUUCCAGUGCGCAGUUAUGGAAAAUAAGCAGGAUCCGAAGAAUAAAGAAUUCAUUUCCAAGUCAAUGGCAGAAUAUAUGAAACUAAUAGAAAAACAAAAUCUAGAAAGAGUUCAAAAACUGCAGAAGACAAGAAGAAAUAAUCUUAUUACAGCUGGAAUACUUGGUGCAGCAGUAACAGGAAUUUACUUUUAUUCUAUGUAUUCCGUGAAGCAAGAAACCUUUUUGGAUGAUUUUGAGGAGCCAAAGAAAAUCAGUCAAUAACUCAUUGUAAAUCCUGGUAGUGGGUUUAAUCGCAUGUGAAAUAUUUGUAGGGAAGUUCAUAAACUGAAAGAUGACUGCCGUGAUUUCAAGCUCCCUUCCUAAGACUGCUACGGAAUUGUAUCGUUUACCUCCACUACCGACCAUAAGAGAUUUAUUGAGACUGUAUCGUCUAAGAGCAAUAAAGCAACUGUCCCAGAACUUUUUAAUGGACCAGCGUUUGACUGAUAAAAUUGUACGUGCCGCUGGAAGAAUAAAGAAUGGUCAUGUAUGUGAGAUUGGUCCAGGUCCUGGAGGAAUAACGCGAUCAAUUAUUAACAGAGGUCCAGAAAGAGUCGUGGUGAUUGAAAAAGACAGAAGAUUUGGCCCAUCACUAGAGUUGUUGGCUGAAGCAACUGGUGGAAGAGUGGAAAUAAUCUAUGGUGACAUUCUUAGCGUCAGAAUGGAUAAAUUGUUCCCAGAAGCAACCAAGGUGAUGUGGGAAGAUUCACCACCCAAUAUUCAUUUAAUUGGAAACCUGCCUUUUAAUGUUUCAACACCUCUUAUUAUUAAAUGGCUGCAUGAUAUUUCUGUUAGGGGUAAUGCCUGGUCAUAUGGUCGCACAAGGAUGUUGUUGACGUUUCAAAAGGAGGUUGCAGAACGCAUAACUGCGCCAAUAAUGUCAUCACAGAGAUGCCGACUCUCUAUAAUGUGCCAGAAUUGGUGUGAAGUUCAUCACAAGUUCAAUAUUCCCGGAAAAGCAUUUAUUCCAAAACCAGAUGUUGAUGUUGGUAUAGUUCAUUUUACACCUCUAGUGAGACCUGUAAUUCCGCUACCAUUUUCACUUGUGGAAAAAGUUGUACGAACCAUCUUCAGUUACAGGCAGAAGUACAGUAUUAGAGGUGCAGAAUGCCUCUUUCCAGGCCCAGCACGAGAGAGGCUUGGAAAAGAGAUGUACAUGCUUGCAGAUGUAGAUCCCACCACACGACCAUUCCAACUUACCGUAGAAGAGUUUGGCAGACUCUGCACUGCUUACAAAUGUAUUUGUGAUAAAGAUCCACGACUUUACAAAUAUGAGUCGAGGGCCCAGAAAGACAAGCUUGCAGAAUUUGAGGAACUUUAUAAGUCAGAGGAAAUUGACUUAGAAUUUUCAGCUGAGUCACAGUAAAAUUGUAGAUCGUUUUUAGUAAUAAAAUCGAGGAAAAAGUCCCAAAA